GGUUUUGCAGAAGGAGAGUACAAAGAGCCCCAGUUUCCACGCGUCGCAUUUUCUCUAUUUUCUCCGGUAGAGCUAGCAAAGCAAAAGCCAUGGUCGAAGAAGAAGCUCCGACGGGGUCAGUGACGGAGGAAGCUCCGAAGGUUGAAACCCUAGAAACGCAAACCUCAAUCGAGGCGACAAUUGAAUCUGAAGCUCAGGGAGGUACUGAGUCCACCUACCACAACAACAACAAUAAUGCUGAAAGUUCUGCUGUCGCUUCUGAUGCUGAUCGAGAGAAGACGCUGGAGUUCGCGGAUGAGUUGGCGGACAGAGGCUCCAAGGCUUUUAAAGGAAAUGAUUAUGCGGAAGCUGCUGAGUGCUUUAGCCGUUGCCUUGAGAUCAGGGUUGCACAUUAUGGCGAACUUGCACUUGAAUGUCUCAAUGCAUACUAUCAAUAUGGACGUGCACUGUUGUACAAAGCUCAAGAGGAAGCUGAUCCAUUGGUUUCUGUUCCCAAGAAGGAUAGUGAAGGACAGCAAAACUUGGAUAAAGAAGUAUCUGUCAAGAGCACCAUAAAUGGUGAAUCUUCCAUUGCUUUAGUUUCAAAUAAGGCUGGAGAAGAGGGAAGUUCAACUCAUCACAAAGACACAACAGAAGAUGGUGGGAAGGGUGAGGAAGAAGAUGAGGGCAGCAGUGAUGGUGAUGAUGUGGCUGAAGCAGAUGAAGAUGAGUCUGACUUGGAUUUGGCAUGGAAAAUGCUAGAUGUUGCUAGGGCUAUUGCAGAAAAACAGCAUGUCAGUGACACACUGGAGAAAGUGGACAUACUAGCAGCCCUUGCAGAAGUUGCCUUGGAAAGAGAGGAUAUUGAAUCUUCACUCAGUGACUACCAGAAAGCACUUUUGAUUUUACGACAACUGGUUGAACCUGAUAACAGACAAAUUGCUGAACUAAAUUUUCGGAUAUGCAUGUGUCUUGAGAUUGGCUCUAAGCCACAAGAGGCAAUACCUUACUGUCAGAAUGCUAUCUCAAUCUGUAAGUCACGACUUCAGCGACUUACAAAUGAAGUAAAGAGUUCAUUGGGAUCUGCAACAUCAUCAGCUGUGGCAGAUAAAGAGGCAGAGAUCAAGACACUUGGUGAACUCUCUGAAGACCUGGAAAGGAAGCUUGAAGAUCUACAGCAGCUGGUCUCCAACCCAAAGUCAAUUCUCUUAGAAAUCUUUGGAACAAUACCUGGCAGGGGAAAGGACAGUGAGAAGGAUGCAUCUCCUGGUGUGCUAAACUCUUCACAGAUAGGUACUGCUACUAGCAAUGGAGAUUUCGACCCUCCAACUGUUUCCACUGCUCACACCAAUGGAGCAGCUGGAGUAACAGAUCUUGGUGUUGUGGGAAGAGGGGUGAAGCGAGUUCUGAUGAAUACAGGCACAACAGAAUCAAGCUCAGCAAAGAAACCUGCAAUCAACCCUUCCUCUGAUAAGGGAGAUGGCAGCGGUGCUUGUUGAUGGUCCUGGAUGUUACUAAUUUGUGUUUAGACUGGCUCAAUUUAAUAAAAGUUUUUAGGAGGUGAUGUUGAAUCAUAACAUUAGAAUUAGGAUGUGCUUGGUACUAUAGAUCUGUGCAAUUUACUCAACUUUUUGUGCUUAACGUCUGUCUGUAGUAAUUUGCUGGGUCUCUCAUAUGUAAGCUACCUAUCUUCAUUUCCCAUACGAGUUGAGGAUGAUAUAUUCUGCACUAGUACGCCUUUGCACAUCUGGCUCCUCAUGUUUUAGGUCAUACCCCGUGAGGAGAAAUAUCUCAAGCAACUACCACUUCCACGAGGACCCCACCACUGCAGAUCCAACGACUGGCUAGAACUAUUAUUGUAAGGAAUAAUUUAUGGUCAACACGAAGGUUGCUCGGCAUAUCUUUCAAAGUGUAUGGAUGAAUUCAUAGAAGAAUCAAAUCAUUGUUAAUUAUGUACCAAAAACCAUUGUUAAUUAACCAGUGCGGAUUUUUUUUUUCUUUUAUUUUGACAUUGGGUUGUAUAAUAAAAAACAACAUCUUUC